UUCCGACGCCAUCCGGAAGUCGAGUUGGUCUAGUUAGUACCAGCCCGUUAGUUCCCCUUGCGCGACGCGCCGUGUGAGGCCAGUGAAGUUGGCCGCGAGGGAGGCGUACGUCCUGGGUCCCUCGCCCUCAGUCUGGUCUCCUGAGCGGCUGCCCGCCCCGUUUUCGAUCAGAGCUGAUCUGCUCCGGACCGCGCGCGGGCCGCCCAUGGCAAGGGCCGCUCCGACCACGGCCUUUGGGCAAGCGGUGAUCGGCCCUCCGGGCUCGGGGAAGACCACGUACUGCCUGGGCAUGAGUGAGUUCCUGCGCGCGCUGGGCCGGCGCGUGGCCGUGGUGAACCUGGACCCGGCCAACGAAGGGCUGCCGUACGAGUGUGCCGUGGACGUGGGCGAGCUGGUGGGGCUGGGCGACGUGAUGGACGCGCUGCGGCUGGGGCCCAACGGCGGCCUGCUCUACUGCAUGGAGUACCUGGAAGCCAACCUAGAUUGGCUGCGUGCCAAGCUCGACCCCCUCCGCGGCCACUACUUCCUCUUCGACUGCCCAGGCCAGGUGGAGCUAUGCACGCAUCACGGCGCCCUGCGCAGCAUCUUCUCCCAAAUGGCUCAGUGGGAUCUCAGGCUGACUGCUGUCCACCUCGUGGAUUCUCACUACUGCACAGACCCUGCCAAGUUCAUUUCAGUACUGUGUACCUCCCUAGCCACCAUGCUGCACGUGGAGCUGCCCCAUGUCAACCUCCUUUCCAAGAUGGACCUCAUUGAGCAUUAUGGGAAGCUGGCCUUCAACCUGGACUACUACACAGAGGUUCUGGAUCUCUCCUACCUUCUUGACCACCUGGCUUCUGACCCUUUCUUCUGUCACUACCGCCAGCUCAAUGAGAAGCUAGUGCAGCUCAUCGAAGACUAUAGCCUGGUCUCCUUUAUCCCUCUGAACAUCCAGGACAAGGAGAGCAUCCAGCGAGUCCUGCAGGCUGUGGAUAAAGCCAAUGGAUACUGUUUUGGAGCCCAAGAGCAGCGAAGCCUGGAGGCCAUGAUGUCUGCUGCAAUGGGAACUGACUUCCAUUUCUCUUCCACACUGGGCAUCCAGGAGAAGUACCUAGCACCCUCGGACCAGUCAGUGGAGCAGGAAGCCAUGCAGCUAUAGCAACAAGGUGGACCCUGGAGAGCAGGAUGCAUAACCCAGCGCUGGGAAAGUGGAAGCUCCUGGAUGCAGAAAGUACAGGUUGCAGACCCAAAAGCAAGUCCUCCCAGCCAGAGCCGGCGGGUUGGCAAGGGGACGCUCAGCUCUGCAAAGUACUUCUGGCCAAAAGCCAGACAUGGGACCAAGCAGAACACGCACCUUGCUGUCAAUGGUGUCCUUGAGCUCUGGGCCCUGCCACCAGAAAGUUGAGCACUGGUCCAACUCAGGCUGUGAUGGAAUGUGCUAUAAUACAAGAGUCUUUUCUA